AGGCUCCGCACCCGGCGAGCCCGCAUCCCGCAGCGCAGGGGCGGCGGUUACAGUGAGCGGCACCGCGCCCCGGCAGCGGGUAGGAGCACCGCUGACCUGUUGAAAGAGCCGGGCUUGUCCCGCUGCCCCUUGUCUUUUUCCCUUUAUUUGGUAUUUUUCCUCCUUCUCGACGGGGGAAGUUUGCUCCCCAGCCUGUGGCUCAGCUUCCUCCACACCCUUUCCUCCUCCUCUUCCUCCGGUAUUCCAGGAUCCUCUCUCUGGAGCCGGGAGUGGUUCCCGUCGUAACCCCCAGCCCGGCCCAGCCGCCCCGGGCGCUGGAGCCGGGGGUGCCCCCUCGGGAGCGGCCGGCGGGCUCUGCGCUCGCCCUUUCCCCUGAGCGGCGGUGGGGCUGCCCCAGAGGGGUUGUAGCCCCCGGUCGGGGGGUGUCCCCUCCCCGGGUGCCACCAUGUCCAAAGUGGCGUCGGAAAGUUGCGGGGCGGCGCCGGCCGAGGACUUGUCCAAGGUGUCGGACGAGGAGCUGCUCAAGUGGAGCAAGGAGGAGCUGAUCCGCAGCCUCCGCCGAGCCGAAGCCGAGAAGAUGAGCGCGAUGCUGGACCACAGCAACCUCAUCCGCGAGGUGAACCGCCGCCUCCAGCUGCACCUCGGCGAAAUCCGCGGCUUGAAGGAUAUCAACCAGAAGCUGCAAGAAGAUAACCAAGAACUGCGAGACCUUUGCUGCUUUCUGGAUGAUGACAGGCAGAAGGGCAAGAAGGUGUCCCGAGAAUGGCAGAGACUGGGCAGGUACAGCGCUAGUAUUAUGCACAAAGAGGUUGCCUUAUACUUACAGAAGCUGAAAGAACUGGAAGUGAGACAAGAAGAAGUGGUUAAGGAGAACCUGGAGCUGAAGGAAUUGUGUGUGUUGCUGGAUGAGGAGAAGGGUGGUGGAGCAGGCAGUCGGAGCUCUAUCGACAGCCAGAUCAGCCUGUGCCAGUUAACUGCAACAAGUGCUUACAUCAGAGAUGUUGGUGAUGGGAGUAGUACUUCUAGCACAGGAAGCACAGAUAGUCCAGACCAUCAUAAACAUCAUCCAAGUACUAGUCCAGAGCAUCUCCAGAAAACUCGGGGUGAAGGAAGCCCUGAGCAUCAGAAACACCGCAGCAUAAGCCCAGAGCACCUGCAGAAGCCAAGGAGCUCUGGCAGUCCUGACCAUCACCUGAAAGGACCCAGUCCAGAACAUCACAAAACCAUUGUCAAAGCACCUGAACAACAAAAGCACAGCAGCAGCAGCCCAGAAACGAUCCCAAAGCAUGUUUUGAGUAGCAGCCCUGAACAUUUUCAAAAGCAGAGGCCGGGUAGUAGUCCUGAGCAUCAAAAGCACAGCAGUGGCAGCCCAGAUCAUCUUCAGAAGCACACGCUGAGUGGAAGUACAGAACAUCUCCACAAAGUGAGGGGUACAAGCCCUGAGCAUCUCAAACAACACUAUGGAGGGAGUCCAGAGCAUCUCAAACAUCUCAGUGGAGGCAGCAGAGAAGGUACCCUCAGGAGACAAGUAACAGAUGACCUGUCACCUCACCACAGGAGUAUAUACAAUGGAAUGAAUGAAUCAACCUUGUCCUAUGUUAGGCAGCUGGAGGCAAGAGUAAGACAGCUGGAGGAGGAAAAUCGCAUGCUGCCCCAGGUUGUGUGGAGGAAACUUGGAGAUGCUGCAGGGUCGUGCCCUGGAAUUAGACAACAUUUGUCAGGAAAUCAGUAUAAAGGACCUAUGUAAAAGGCUCUGAGGAAAUCCUCUCACUGAAGAGAAAGAGUUUGAACUGCUGAGGAGAGCGAAAGGACUGGCUGUGUCCACAGCAACUUCCAGCUGAUGACAGGGUGUCUGUAUGCACUGCAAGAGACUCCAUUAGAAACUGGUUGGGAUUCUCCCUGAGGAGCUGUGCUGUUGUCUGCAUCCCCUGAGUGCUGCUCUCUGGGUAUACUGGCUACUGCAACGCUGCCGCCGCAUUGUCUGCCAACACACCACAUGUAGGAGCACUGAGGCAUUCCCACCCUAACUCGAAGAGAAUUGGGAUUCUGCAGGAGUUACAUGAUAUAAGUUUUCUUUUGCUUAGUUACAGUGAAUCUUUAGUCAAAUCUGAACGACUUUGCCACUGGAUUUAAUGGAGGUUUUUCACCGGACUGGAGAGACGUUGAUAAACUGUGCCUUUGGUCACCGCAGUUAUGAGAAAGUCAACUCUUAGUAACUCACCCUUCAGUCUGUAGAGUAUCAGUUAAUGGUGCUUAGGCAAUUUCCAAGUGAUUUUUCAUUUCUUGCUUUGGUAGAAUACCUGCCUUUGGAGGUGCUAAAAGACCAUCAAGUCUCCUAACCAGCCAGUAGUGUAGCAUAACUACAGUCCUUGUAGUGAAACACAAUCUCUUUCUAAGUGAAAGUACCGAUAGCUUUCUUUUCGAUUCACUUUGAUGCACAUCUUCUGAAGACGUGUAGGAUGUUCACAGCCCUCUAAUGAACAGAAGACUUAGGGUUUGCUAUUACAGGUCUCCAAUCAGAGCGGUUUUCUGGAGAGUAUUUUCCGAUUGUCAGGAUGCUAAUUUCUACUGUUUAAUUUCGAGACACGCUGGUUUAUUUAACAAGAGCCUAUAAGGAUCUAAAAGAUUGCACUGCAUUAUAUAGAAAACAAAAGCUUUCCUUGCCAACUGUAGCGUUCUUUCAAAGAAAAAGGUUUUAUUAUACUCAGAGCAUGUCUUUCAUUCCUAUGAGGCAGAAAGCUCUUGUUGAGAUUGCCAGAGAUUUGACCAGACGGCGCCCUAGAUGUGCUUAGUUUAUUUUUAUCUAUGUGUAUGAUACUAGUUGUGUGUAAUGAAUUGCAACGAAUAGGUAUUUUGUGUAUAUCUAAAAGCAGCGAUAGUUUCAUGUAUGAAUGUGCAACAGGCUUGUGACUGAAUGCUGUUGCUUAACUUUUUACUAUAGCUGAGCAUCAAAAAAAGACUAAUAAACAUAAAAAAAUAGGAAUGCAACAAUUCCUGGGUUUCUGGUUUGUUCUUGGUUACAAAGAUUUGAGCCAAAGGCAGAACCUCUGUUUUCUCUGAGCUUGCAACAUGCUGUAUUUGUGGGCUAUCUGCAGUGGAAUGUAGCUGGGUUGCUGUACAAUCUUUUGUUAUCUAGGACUAUGAUGUAAAUCUGCUAAUUGUCUUCAGAAAAACAGUGUGUUAAUUUGCAGCAGUAAUUCUACUGGUUUCUGUUGUUAGUUUUACUUGGUACCAUUCAAUGUAAGGCCUCUGAUCCAGCAUUGCUUUCUCAGGCAAAACUCCUCUUCACUCCUUCUCCUUGAGUUGGAAAUGCAGAAUCUGGCCUUCCAUUCUGAAACCUUGCAUCGGUUCUCCUAUAUAUAUAACCCAGCCCAAACAGCUAUCUGUUAUCUUGACAUGUUGUUUUCUCCCAUGCAUAUUGUUUGCAUAGUUAAACUACAAUUGUUGUAUUCCUAUAUCUAUCUAUAUGCGUGUAUGAAACGAUGUAAAACCCGUACUUGUGCCUGCAGGAUGGAUGUGCAGGGGCUAACCUGAGGGACACUGGUCUUUUGACACGACACUUGUGUAAAUUUUGAUACUGUAUUAAAACUAUUUUUU